GGCCGGAGCACUGGGAAGUCGGUGCCGCCGCCCUCCCUGCUGCCCGCCUGCGCGUCCUGGUCCGACGCGGGGGCCGCCGCCGCCGCCGCCGCUGCCGUCUCUGCAUUCGCCAUGCGUCCCAGGGCGCCCGGGCCACUGUGGCCACUGCCCUGGGGGGCCCUGGCUUGGGCCGUGGGCUUCGUGGGCUCCGUGGGCUCGGGGGACCCCUCGCUCGGUGGUGUCUGCUGGCUCCAGCAGGGCAAAGAGGCCACCUGCAGCCUGGUGCUGAAGACCGACGUGAGCCAGGCUGAGUGCUGUGCCUCCGGCAACAUUGACACCGCCUGGUCCAACUUCACCCACCCAGGGAACAAGAUCAGCCUCCUGGGCUUCUUGGGCCUUGUCCACUGCCUCCCCUGCAAAGAUUCGUGCGAGGGCGUGGAGUGCGGCCCCGGCAAGGCCUGCCGCAUGCUGGGGGGCCGCCCGCGCUGCGAGUGCACCCCGGACUGCGAAGAGCUCCCGGCGCGCCUGCAGGUCUGCGGCUCCGACGGCGCCACCUACCGCGACGAGUGCGAGCUGCGCGCCGCGCGCUGCCGCGGCCACCCGGACCUGCGCGUCAUGUACCGGGGCCGCUGCCGCAAGUCCUGCGCACACGUGGUGUGCCAGCGGCCGCAGUCGUGCGUGGUGGACCAGACAGGCAGCGCCCACUGCGUGAUGUGUCGCGCUGCGCCCUGCCCCGCGCCCUCCAGCCCUGGCCAGGAGCUCUGCGGCAACAACAACGUCACCUACAUGUCUUCGUGCCACCUCCGCCAGGCCACCUGCUUCCUGGGCCGGUCUAUCGGCGUGCGACACCCCGGCAGCUGCGCUGGGGCGGGGCAGAGCGGGGAGCCGUGGUGGACUGUGGGCCCCAGCCCCUCUCCAGACCCCCAUUUCUCUGUUCAUCCCUCCCACUCAGCAGGCACCCCUGAGCUAGCAGAGGUUGAGUCGGAGGAAGAGGAGGAGAACUUUGUGUGACUUAACAGGGUGGCCUGGGCCUGGCGUUCAAGGCCUCCCCAGUUUUAUUUAUUGCCAGAGCAAAGCCUAAUUUAUGUCCCAUGGACACUCCCCAGAGCCAGGACCCUUGGAAGAAUUGGGUGGGGAGGAGGCCUGGGAGCAGUGCUGGUAGGUGAGCCCUCCACCCUAAACAUCCUACUCUAGAAGCAUCUGGAAGCAUCAUGUUCAAGAGGACCUUGCUUCUGUUCCCUGGGGAAUAACUAUAAUUAUCACUGCUGCUGAGAGGGCUGGGGUUCUUUGCCAGCAAUGAAUGAAAAGGCACCCUAACCUUCUAGAACAGGAACCAAGGGAUGAGGAGGAGUCUACAACCUGAGUACAUGCUCAGAACAUGCUCAGAACCCCGGACAGGCCAAGGAAGCAGUCUGUCCCCUACCGACCCAAUAGUCAGGGCUCUCCUUCCCCACUGCCUCCACGCACCCAGUAGGUCCUGUAAAGGCCCCUGAGAAAAGCCCAGCUUACCCCCUGAUGGGGGAGGCACUGUCUGUGCCUCCCGACACAAGCCUCCGCUCAGCAUUAGCUCAGUUCAGGGCCCAAUCCACUUCUGGUGAGAUCUCCUGGGGCCCAGGAGCCGCUACUCACCCUAAGGGAUGUAGACACCUCUUGGAGCUAGGUGUCUGCACAGCACCCCUAGUGCCUGCUGACCCGUCCACAGGGGAGGUCCAGACGCAGGACCCCCUGGUAUCAUGAGGCCGCUCUUGGGUCUCUAGGCCUCAUUCCUAGGUGAACCCUCUUUGCCCACCAGCUAGGCUCAGGGUUCUCACCCCAGCCGAUACCAGCCUCGGGCCAAUUCCCUGCAUUCCUGGGCCGUCACCCCAUGCCACCUCCUUGUGCCUUUGUGUAGACCAGAGGAUCAGACCAGAUAUGGGAAUUCAGCUCCUCGAGUUUGGGGCAAGGAGCUCCAGGGGCGGUGUGUCCACCCGCUCCCAGCCCCCAGGAAGUGCCUUACCUAUGUCACCCAGAAAAGUGUCCUUGAGUAAGUGAGUUUGCCCAAGCCACCCAAUAAGGCAAUCUUCCCCACCCUGGGGUCCUGCCUCACCAAAGAAAUAAAGAUUGUAAAAAGCCA